CAGCCGUCGCCGGUCUGACAUUAGCCGCGUCAAUUGUCCUCCUAGGAUCUAGGUUCCACGCCAACCGCCUCGGCAGCUCCCUCCAUUCCUCCACCGGCUUCGACCAUUUCGUUUCGGCUCCGACGCCAUCGCAAGCGGCGAAGUCGUGCACAACUUCAACCUCUCGGUAGCGUAAUUCGUCCUUCUCGCCAACACGCCCCAACUCCUGGUGUCUCUUUCCUACUUCCACCUCAACGCAAUCCUCACCGCCAUGUGCACCGACUCCGAGUGGGCUAGCUUUGCGACAAAACGAAAACCUGUCCGUGUGUCCUCUCCACACGGCCAGCAAACCGCCACCUACUGGCUGCAGCUGCCGUACAGAUACGCCAUACCGUUGCUCCUCGUCAUGACAACGCUCAACUGGGCUGUCUCACAGAGUAUGUUUUUCGCGUCGACGCUGUACUACCGCGACGGGCAGGAAGUACCCGAGUUGUCGGCGCCCGUGCUCGGAUGGUCCGCCAGCGCGGUCCUGCUCGCUGUUCUCCUCGGCGGGGCGGGUCUCGGGGUCUGCGGGGCCCUCGCGGUCUUCCAGCGCUAUCCCCCAGGACCGCCACUCGUUGGUGGCUGCAGUCUUGUCAUAUCUGGCGCGUGUCAUGCGCGACCCGACGAUGAAAACAUCGAGUUCGGUCCGAUGCAGUGGGGUGUCAUCAGUGAAAACGGAAAUGGGACCAGUCACAGCGGGUUUGCGAGCGGGGAUGUGCGGAUGCCGUAUCACGGUCAGAUGUGUGAAUAGAUGGGUGGGUUUGUUGGUUGAAGGCGCUUGGCUGUGGAGAGAGAGCAGAGAGAGCGGGACUGAGUUAUGGAAAGGAUGGAAGGGUAUGCGGUCGGUCGGGAACGAUUUUCGAAUGUGCUUUCUUUAUUCGUGGUUGGGUUUCUCGUGCAUCUGGGGGGAAAUGCUGUUAACGAAUACAGAGGCCUGGAUCUGGGCUGUUAGGCCAGGGAAGUGGCUGGAAUCUGCUGGGACGCUAGUUGUCCCUAUUGUAGAGUCGGGUUAAUACUUACUUAGCUUGCUCGGGCUUGCGUAGGCUGCCAAUAUGGAAGACCGGAUCAGGACGAUGCAGCCACAAGCUCAAGUUCGCUUAGGCACUGCUCAAUGUUAUAACACCCUGUAUUCAAUACGUCCCAGGAGUAAAGAUUGGCGCUGAGGUUAAGAGAGGCCAGUGUCUGGGACGAUUCUUGUACGGCGGGAGCACAGUCAUU